AUGUCACGGGAGGCCUCUGAUGGAAGGGGUGUGGAUGAGCCGGUAUGGCAGGCAGCUGGUGGCCAUCUCCCCGCAGUUCCUGCAGGACAUCACCUCCCUGCACAGGCUGGAGCUGCUGACGGCCCAGGAGGCUGCCCAGGUGCAGGCAGCGAGCCCCCUGCCCGAGCAGCUGAGGAACCCAUGGUGCAGAAGCACCUGGAGAGCCUCCAGAGCUCCUGUGGGAAUGGCCUGGAGACAGGAGCCCUGCAGCGCCUCACCAACCUGCUGCUGGUGGAAGGCCUGACCGACAUCCAGCAGAAGGAGCACGACAUCCUGCAGGUUGAGACCACCAAAGGCCUGCCAAGCGUAUCCAAGAGCAUCCCCCUGGAGAAGCUGUUCCUGCCUCUCUCCAAAGUCAGCAUCCCCCCUCGGGUCUCUGUCACCAUCGGCGUGGCCGGCAUUGGCAAGAGCACGCUGGUGAAGCUGUUUGUCUGCAGCUGGGCAAAGGGGGAGAUCAACAGGGACAUCCCGUUUGUUCUGCCCCUCACCUUCCGGGAGCUCAACACCUACGAGAAGCUCUCUGCUGAGCGCCUCCUCUGCUCGGCCUGCCCCCACAUCACCGAGCCCGGCUGCACCGCGGCCGGGGCUGCCCGCACCCUGCUCAUCCUCGACGGCCUGGAUGAGUUCAAGACCCCCUUGGAUUUUUCCAACGCGGUGGUUUGCACCGAUCCCAAAAAGGAGAUCCAAGUGGACAACCUGAUCACCAACAUUAUAAGGGGAAACCUGCUGCAGGAGGCCUCUGUGUGGGUCACGUCGCGGCCGGCGGCGGCCGGGCAGAUCCCCAGCGGGCUGGUGGACCGCAUGACGGAAAUCCGAGGGUUUGGGGCUGCAGAGAUGAAGGACUUCUUGGACCAGAUGUUCCUGGACAACAGAGAUCUGUCCAGCCAAGUCCUGCAGCACAUCAGUGCUAACAGGUCGCUCCAGGUCCUGUGUACCAUUCCCGGGUUUUGCUGGAUUUCUGGCUCCUCAAUCGCUUAUUUCCUGAAACACAGCAGCGAUCAAUCCCAAGAAGAAACCGUGGUCCCCAGGACCCUGUCAGAAAUCUACUCCUAUUAUUUUAAAAUGGCUCUGAGUGGUGACUGGCUGCAAAAGCCGAGAGAAGCCCUCAGGAUUGAGCAGGCUGUGAACACCAGCAAGAAGCUGGUGGGCAGCCUGGGCAGGCUGGCCUUCUACGGGCUGCUCCGGAGGAAGCACGUGUUCUACGAGCAGGACAUGAAGGCCUACGGCAUCGACCUCUCCCUGCUGCACAGCUGCCUCUGCACCCGCCUCCUGCUCAAGGAGGACAUGCAGGCCUCCACAGCCUACUACUUCUCCCACUUAACCAUCCAGGAGUUCCUGGCAGCUCUUUAUUACUACACGGCGGCCAAGCGGGCCAUCUUCGACCUCUUCACGGAGAGCGGCGUGUCCUGGCCCAAGCUGGGCUUCCUCAACCACUUCAGGAGCGCCGUUCAGAGGGCGCUGCAGGCCGAGGACAGGCAGCUGGACAUCUUCAUGCGCUUCCUCUCGGGGCUCCUGUCCCCGCAGGUGAACAGGCUGCUCUCGGGGUGGCUGCUGGUGAAGGACGAGCACGGCGGGUUCAGGAGCCAGGCCAUCGGCGUCCUGCAGGGCUGCCUGAGCGCCGAGCACGCCGUCUCCUCGCGCGCCGUCAACGCCAUGCGCUGCCUGCACGAGCUGCAGCACACGGACACCGCCAGGGCCGUGGAGGAGGCCAUGAGGAGCGGCACCCUGGCCGGGAUGCUCACCCCCAUGAACUGCUCUGCCCUGGCUUAUCUCCUGCAGGUCUCUGACGUCUGCCUGGAGGAGACAAACCUCUCCAACUGCCUCACCUACAAUGUCAGUAAGAGCCUGCUCUCCCAGCUCCUCUUCUGCCACAACCUCAGGCUGGACAAUAACCAGUUUAAGGACGAUGUGAUGGAGCUGCUGGGCAGUGUGCUGAGUGGGAAGGACUGCCAGAUCCAGAGGCUCAGCUUGGCAGAAAACCAGAUCAGCAACAAGGGAGCCAGAGCUCUGGCCAGGUCGCUGCUGGUGAACAGGAGCCUGAUGGUGCUGGACCUGCGGAGCAACUCCAUCGGCCCCACCGGAGCCAAGGCCCUGGCUGAUGCCCUGAAAAAAAACCAAAUCCUGCUCUCCCUGAACCUCCAGCACAACUCCAUCAAGGAGGACGGGGCAGCCUUCCUGGCCGAGGCCCUGCUGACCAACCACAGGCUGGAGACCCUGCACCUGCAGAAGAAUGCCAUCGGAGCCCAGGGCGCCCGGAAAAUCGCGGAGGCGCUGAAGCAGAACUGCAGCCUGAGAGAGCUGAUACUCUCAAGCAACUCCGUGGGAGACAACGGCUCCAUUGCCCUGGCUGAAGCUCUGAGGGUGAACCACAGCCUGCAAAGCCUUGAUCUCCAGAGCAACUCCAUCAGCAGCGCAGGGGUCACGGCGCUGACAGCAGCUCUCUGCUCCAACAAGGGACUCCUCAGCCUCAACCUCCGGGAGAACUCCAUCAGCAAGGAAGGGGGCCCUGCCAUCGCCCGUGCCCUGCGCAGCAACAGCACCCUCAGGAAGCUGGACCUGGCGGCCAACCUGCUGCACGACGACGGGGGCAAGGCCAUCGCCUUGGCCAUGGCAGAGAACCGGGCACUCAGGUCCCUGCACUUGCAGUGGAACUUCAUCCAGGCCAGAGCAGCCACGGCCCUGGCACAAGCACUGCAGUCCAACAGCAGCCUGGCCAGCCUCGACCUGCAGGAGAACGCCAUCGGAGACGAGGGAAUGGCCGCGCUCUCCGCUGCACUGAAGGUCAACACCACCCUGGCAGAUCUCCACCUGCAAGUGGCUUCAGUUGGUGCAGCCGGUGCCCAAGCCCUGGCAGGAGCCUUGAUGGUCAACAAGAGCCUGCAGAUCCUGGACCUGCGGGGAAACUCCCUGGGCCCGGCGGGGGCCAAGGCCGUGGCCAACGCGCUCAAGGUCAACCGCAGCCUCCGCUGGCUCAACCUGCAGGAAAACUCCCUGGGCAUGGACGGAGCCAUCUGCAUCGCCACGGCCCUGAAGGGCAACCACGGCCUCGCCUAUGUCAACCUGCAGGGGAACCGCAUCGGGCAGUCGGGAGCCAGGAUGAUCUCGGACGCCAUCCGGAGCAACGCGCCCGACUGCGUCGUGGACGUGUGAGGAGCCCUGG